UCUGGCGAAGGUCUCUCUCUUAAGGUCGGUCCGCCGCUCCUCUUCCUCAUCAAACUCGCGUUUACGCUGGCCGAGAUCUAGCGCCAUUUUCUGCCUCUAUUUUGUUUCUCCUGGACUUAUGGGCUUAUCUCUUUGGUAGUUUGGUUUUAAUUUGACUAUUGGUAUUUGGAUUUCUCUGUUAAGGUUUCGGCAAUGGUGAUCGUCGGGAUUAAGUUCAGUUGAAUUCUGCUUUCAUGGUUGCUAGCAAUUUAUGAUUUCAUUUUGCCUUGGGAUAGUAUUGAUUGGUUCUCUUGUGAUCGGUCUGAGGUCAAAAUAGUAGAUCCAGUCUUAAGCUAGAACCGAGGGUUUCUGGAUGUGAAGGUUCAUAUGUUCCAGAACGAAGAAAUGAUCUUUUGGAUUAAUGGAAACAUGGACCUUCAUAGAGCUAAACCGCUGGAGAUGGUCAAUUGAACCCACUCCAGGUGACAAGUUUACAACAAAUGUAGUGUUCUUUUCUAAUAAUUGUCAGUGGUUAGUGUUAGAUUUUCAUACAUGAAGUCCUUAAGCAAAGUAGAGUGAGCAUAAAUAUAUUGUUAUGAUUUAUUUCUCUGGUUGCUCUUACAAUACAAGAAAUGAAAAAUAGAAGAACCUGUUGAAAACUUCAUGUUGGAUUGUUUUUUUCAUGUUGGCUUAUUACGGUCUAAACUUUGGCUGAUUAUGAUAAAUUGAGUAAAUAAGUAAAUUUUGCCAAUAUUAUAGUUUAUACUUUAAAUUUUCUAAAUAAGUAAAAAGUUUCACCGGUUUUGUACCAAUAGAGUAUUCCUUGGUUUCAUUUUCUAUUUUAAGAGUUUGUUUUCAUGCCUUGAGGUCUUUCUGGUUGCUCUUAGAAGACAAGAAAUGAGAAAAAGGACAACUCAUUGGAAACUCCAUGUUGGCUUAUUACAGCCUAAACUUUGGCUUUCCUUGUUAGAUAUAUGGUAGAUUGUGAUGAAGCCAAUUUUUAUGCAAAGUCGAGCGAGCAUAAUAAAUCUAUUAUCAACAAAUCUGCUGUAUGUUUUAUCAAUAUUAUAGUGUAUACAUUAAUUUUCUAAAUCUGUAUAAAGUUUCACUGAUUUCAUACAAAUAGAGUAUUCCUCUAUUUGCUUGAUUUCACUUGCUAUGUUAAUAACUUUUGUCUAUGACUUGAGGUCUUUCUGGUUGCUCUUAGAGAACAAGAAAUGAAAAAUAGGAUAACUCAUUGAAAACUCCAUGUUGGCUUGUUACAGCCUAAACGUUCCUUGUUAUAUACAUGGUAGAUCGUGAUGGAAGUCAGUUUUUAUACAAAGUAGAGCGAGCAUAAAUCUAUUACCAACAAAUCUACUGCAUGUUUUUUUUAUAUUAUAGUAUAUACUUAAUUUUCUGAAUCAGUAUAAAGUUUCACUGGUUUCAUACCAAUAGAUUAUUCCUCAUAUGCUUGAUUUCACUUGCUAUUUUAAGAGCUUAUGUUUAUGACUUAAUGUGUUUCUGGUUGCUUUUAGAAAACAAGAAAUGAUAAAUAGAAGAACUUAAUUCAAAACUUCAUGUUGACUUAUUACAGCCUAAACUUUGGCUUUACUUGUUAGAUAUUGGUCGCUUCAUAUGUGUUCUACAUGUCACUUGUAAGAUCGCCAUUGGCUACAUUGAUAUUUUGAGUGCAUGCCAUAUUGAUCUCUGUUCAUCUAAUUCUGUUGCUUGACAUAUACAAUGACAUGCAUCUGCAUUUCAAGAAAAACUUGUUCAUUCAGAUCUUUCAAGAUUUGUCGCGUCAAGAACAGCUAAAACAAAUGCCAUUGUGGAUGUUUUGCUUGUUUGUCUGUCAUCAUCAUCCUCAUCGGCACCAUUGGAUAACUUGGACAACUGGGGGGCUAUCAUCUUCGACGAAGUUUCGCCAGCAUCACCUUAGUCAUCGUCAUCAGGAGCUUCUUAGCAUAUUGAUGAGCGCAAUGAUAGGAGCUUCUGAUGGCUGCUAGGUUUCAUUGGUGUUUGCUCAAAAGCUUUAGGGUCAACGUCCGGAGUGUCUGAAGCUUUUAGUAGUAGAUUUGUGAGUUUAAGAUUUUUAGUGUUUAUUGUCAUGACAUGAUCUCUAUUAAAUCGAUAAACCAAAAAUAUUUAAAUCUAAAUUAAUAAUAAUACAUCUAUCACACUCUAAUAUAUGAAUUCAAGUCUAUGCCAUUUUGAUGUGGGGUUAAAUUGGGGCGUUACAAUCUUUCUCAAGUAAGGCUAAGGGUCAAACUCUAACAUAAUACAUAUGAGAUUUAAUCUAUAAAUUAAAUUUUAUAUUAUUUAUUAUAAUUUAAUCUAAUAAAAUGAUUGAGAGAAUAUCAUAUAUUUUUAAUAUUAUUAAUCGACUUUAGAUGAAUAUUAUUUAUAGGUUUCGGAGCAACUGAUUAUAAUGACAUUUUUUAAACAAUGGGUAGAUCGAAAGAGCGUUAGUGAGUAGGUUUUUUACUUGAUUAGUUAAUGACAAUGGAUAGGAUAUUAAUUAUCUUUAAUAGAUGUUACGCAUCUAAAUACAAACUUGCAGUGUGUAUGAAAAGGGCAUUCCGGAGGGAUACGUCUACACACGAAUAGGGUGUCCCCAUCCCAUUGCAGUUUCUGGUGGGAGCCGCGCGGCACUUGUGCGAAGCUAUACGACGAAAGGAGGACAGGACUGAAUAGGACAAAAAGGGCGAGGGGAUAGAAAUGGAUGCGGAGGUCCCCGCCAACAUCGGCCCCAUGUCUAAUGGCAUCCGACUCACCACGAGCUGACCGAGUCGGAAGACUCGGCGGGUCGGCCCACUUGAACUCCUCUCCGAGUUCAUUUGAUAAUAUCUGAUUUAAUGGUUUUGAUAUGUAUUAUUAUUUUCUAAAAAUAAAUCAAUUCUUAGGAUGAUAACAAGUAGAGUAGUGGUGAAUUUAGUCCUAUUAAUUUCAUUUUUAAUUUGAAUAUAAAAUUUCCUAUCAGUAGCUAUUUUACUAUUUAUAUCACGUAAAAUUGUGAUGUAAUCGAUGAACCAUAUAUUUUCAAUUAAGUGAAUAUUUAGUUGAAGGUUUUCUGCCUGUCGAUCAAACGCAGUCAUUGGAUGACACCUGUGGGUUCCGCAGUUACUAAUACGGGCCCCGCUUAGAAGCCAAUGGGACGAUACUUUUGUGUGUUUGGUGAUCCGAGAUUGGAAACCUAACUACGUCAAAAGUCAAUAAUGGUACAUGUAUGGAGAGGCCGAGUCAUCACCCGUGUGACCGAUUUCGGUGCCGAGUCGUACUUCACCAUGUGCCUCACUCACCUGUACGACCCAGAAGGAAACACAGCGUGCGCGUACGAUCGAGAACGAAACAGAGCCUCCGCACUGCACCGGGAAGGGGAAAAUACGUUGUCGCGGCAGCGUCACCUCCUUCAUCCACCGCCGAGCCCGGUUGUGGAUUCCGCAGGGCUCGCAGAAAGGCGCGAUCUUGAGCGUGGAUUCCCGGCUACCGGUGCUCAAUUUGCUUGGCCUGCAAGAAAGAUGGCAGCUUGAUUAGGACGAGCACUUCAUCUGAUUUCGGCGAUAUUGUUCUCAAACAGUCUCUUACAGAGACUGAGGGGUUUGAUCAAGAAAGAAGAAGGAAUAAAGGGAAGAAGGCUGGAAUACGCAGAAUCCAUAUUGACCAAAAAGGAGAGAUUUUGUGGUCCUUUUUUAUUCUUCUUCAACAUGGUAACCUCAUCUCUCUGUUGAUUGCCAGUCCAGAUUGAGAGAGAGAGAGAGAGAGAGAGAGAGAGGAAAAGAACCAGCUGCUUUAUCCUCCUCCUUUUGUUCUCUGUUGCAAGUCUUCCAUUUUGGUCUGCCUCCCUAUUUGCAGCAGCUUAUUUCCAUGUUCCUGAGAUCGAAGAUUCAAGAUAUUAUUCUGAGGGAGAGGUCCAAGGCAGUCAGCAGGAAAAAAGAGUUGAUGCCCGAUACCACCUCUUCCCCACCUCCCAACCCUGCCUUCACUUCUCCAAAUCUCCUUGUGGAGGGCUGCUCUGUGAGGAAGAGUUCCAUGUUCUCUGAGGACGCAAUAGGUCCCAAGUCCAUGCUAGCGACCAUACCAUUCUUUGCCACUGGGAACCGGUCCUCAUCUGAUAGUAGAGACUGCAAGACAAAGCCCCUGUCAGUGGAGACUGCAGCUGCCACCACUGGUACUGAGAGCAGACACCAUCCUUGGCACAAUCGAAGCUCACGAGCCAUUGGACUUGGCCUUGUUGAUGCUCUGAGCAAUGAGGAGACUGGUGAUGUAGGGUGUACGAUGGUUGUCUUUGGGUCUCAGCUUAAGAUUCAAACACUUCCUGGUCUAUCCAACUCCAUGUCCCCUGUGUCCAUUGAGUCUCCUCGGUCUAUCAUGGAGUUCGGUAGCAAGACUAAGACUUCUCAGAUGGAUUCAUAUUUACCUGGCAGAACGGUUUCUGGUUCUGUCUUUUCUCCUCAGUUGUUCAUGGGUCACAUGUCCCCAACCGAGAUUGAGCUCUCAGAAGAUUACACUUGUGUGAUAUCGCAUGGGCCUAUACCGAAGAAAACACAUAUCUUUCAUGAUUGCAUCAUUGAGAGCUGCGACAAAGAGUUCCUUACCUUGAAGAAGAGUACAUGUAUGGAUGAUCCGUCAGGAUAUGCUGCAGAUACUUCAUUGAGCUGCUGUGUUUCUUGCAAGGAGGAUAUUGGGAAGGGGAAGGGAAUUUCUCUUUACAGAGGAGAGAAAGGAUUGUGUAGCCAUGAAUGCGGCUACCAAGAGGUGGUCUCCGAUGAAUAGACAGAGAACGCCGACCGAGUAUCUGAAAUCAGCAUGUUCUCUUCCUGGAAGUGAACUUUGGGUGUCUGCUUCCUUGUAUAGUUUCUUUUUCAGAAGUCUUCUGGGUUAAAAUCAGGAUACUAAGAGCCAUCAGAAGUAAUUUUAUUGAAUAGUUCCAGUUAACCAUAAAUGAGGCUGGUAUGGUGAGAUUUUGCCGGUGUGGUUUUUUCUGAUUGCUUGUGAUUUCUAUUCAUGCUUUUUUGUUAAUGCAGGUGAGGAACCAGUAACAAUUCUCAAUCAGGUUAUGUUAGAAACAUUUUAUGUUGAAUUCUGAUAUAUAGCAACUAGCAAGCAUGCUUCAUUCAGAAUUCCAAUUAAGCAGCCAACCAUCACAGAAGUGGCCAAAUAGGGUUUCCACAGAAUGCAGUCCCAUCCAGCAUUCUCUUGGUGGUGUUGCUAGUCCACAUGCUAAAAUGAGCAGCGCAAGAAUCAUUCCUGAAUUGUAUGUCAGACAAACUCUAGAAAGUGAUUUGCCAAGAUGUCAAGUGUAUUAUUCAUUUGGUGUCAUGCUUUGCGACUUGGAAUCAACCUCUUUCUUUCUUUACAGGAUAAGAUUGUAUAUUGAUCCUCUCUCCAGACUUUUUAAUUUGAAGUUCUUGAAGUUGUUGCACUGUGCCAUCAUGGCAAUCUUGUUGGAAAUGCACCUGGUUCUCGACUCCUUCCUCA